UCUCUCACUCUCCCUUUCUUGUACCCUCUGCCAGGACUGACUGCUGCGGUUGUGCUACCUGCAGCACACACACACUCUCACACACUCUGCCUGAGCCAUGGCCCGGCUGCACAUGGUUCUACUGGCCCUGCUGCCCAUCGUCCUCAUCCUAACUGUGCUGUCUGAAGUAGAAAGUGCAGCAGUGAAGGAUGCAAAAGAAAAAGUCAGUGAACGUAAGGGAUCAUCUAAGAAGGUUUUCGUUCCAGCAUCAGACGCAUCAAACUUUUUCAAGCAUCGUAGCCGCAGGUCCCCGAAAUUAUACGCAGAGUAUCUAGCGGAGCACAAGCUACAGUUGGCUGCCUCUGAGCGCAGGAGGGAGUACUAUGAGGAGCAGAGCAAUGAGUAUGAGAACCAUCUGGAGGAGAACCGAAAUGAGCAGUAUGAAAGGAACCGGGAGAAUACAGAGCAAUGGAGGGAGUAUCACUAUGACGGGCUCUACCCACAAUACCCACAUCACCGCCCUUAUGGCUAAGUGUCUCAUAUAACCUUGCAUGGCUGAGGGUCAUGCACAACUGUCAGGACUUUCACAAAGGGAUGGAUGCUUUUUUGGUUCCUGAAAUUGAUGUAAUCUGCACUUUAUAUAUAUCUUGCAAGUGCAAUCAUUUCAAAAUAGGGUGAAUAUAUAUUGCUUGUAAUCCAACCUGAUUAUAUUCCUUGCAUCACUUACUUAUUUUUAAUUGUAAAAAUUUCAUAAUCAUUUUGUAUCCUUUAUAUAUGGUUAUAAUAAAAGUACAUGGUGGAUGAGAAACUCA